CCGCAGUCCCCCAGAACAUGCAUAUCGAAGCGACGUCAUCGUCACCAGCCGGGCCGUCCUCCACCAAGUCAUACGAUGUCUUCCUCUGCCACGGCUCCAACGACAAGGGGCUCAUGCUCUCGCUCCGCGACAAGCUCGUUGCCCUCGGUCUGCGCGUCUUUCUCGACGUCAAGUCGCUCGACGCCAUGAUUGUCCAAGAUCCCGCAGACUGCGCCCGGCUUGCCCGUGACUCACACGUUGUGGUCGUCGUUGUCUCAAAGUACUCGAUCGUCACACGGUGGGCCAUCGCAGAGGCCGACGCAGCCCUCGCUGAUCCGACUUGCAAGGUCUUUCCGGUUUUUGCCGACGCUGAGCUCUCGCUCGAGACCGUCUCGUCGCCGGCAUGGCGUGACGGCCCGCGGGAUGCCAGCCAUCCUCUACUGGCGUACAUGGCGGUGGCUUUCCCGCCGCAGAUCCCGAACAACCGUCGACUCAUGGAGCUGUGGGAACACGAUGAACUCACGCCCGAGCUCAAAGUCGCCCGCAUCGGCACUCUCUUCGCCCUCCUCGAGCGCGGCCUCGCUCCCCGCAUGUCUUACUUUCUCAAGCAGGGUCUGAGCUGCACAGUCGAUACUCAGGCCAACCUCAAUGACCUCCAACCCAUUCUUGCUGCCAAGACCCGGGCCCUCGCCAAUGCCAGGACUCGCAUUCUGCUCAUCCUCGACGACGCGUGGGACACCCGCCAGGCCUCCGUAUUCGCCAACCACAUCGCAGCCCCGCAUGCCGUCCUCGUCACCUCGCGCAACGCCGCCUUUGCUACCAACAUCGCCACUUCCAUUGAGCUCGGUACGUUUGACACGGACGACGCUGCUGUUGUCCUUCGCAACUACCUCGCCAAGGGCUCACCUGAGUGGGCAAAUACCCUUGCACUCAACGAUUCCCGCAUCGUCUCCCUCGCGACCUUUUGCCGCGGCCAUGCCCUCGCCCUUGCCGUCCUUGGCUCGUCCAUAUCUGGCGAGGCUGCACUUGACGCCGCUGUUGAGGACGCUGCAGAUGCAACUGAGCUUGCCAUGGAUGAGCACCGCGAUGGUUGCGGCGGAUCGGACGCCAAGUACGCCCACAUCUUUGACAUCAUCACUUGGACCCUCGGCGGUGCCAUCCCCAAGCAUGUCCGCAAGGUGGCGCUGACUAUUUACGCCAUGCUCGCCGUCUUUCCAUCAGACGCGCCCAUCGACGUCGCCAACUUCCGCUCCGCGAUCGACGCAAGCAAUAUCAAGUUUGCUAGGGCCCUCGAUGCCCUCGCCAACACGUCGUUGCUGCGCGUCGUGCUGGAGGGCCACACCGACUGUGUGAAUGGUGUUCUUGCGCUGCCGAGUGCGGAUGGCCAGCUGCCUGUCCUGGUCUCGUGGUCGGAGGACAACACGAUCCGGGUGUGGCAUGCUGCGGACGACGGGACGGGCGCCAUGCGGUACACCGCGGACACUGCCUCCUGCGAGGUGCUGAAGGGCCACACCAGCCUUGUGCGGGGUGUGAUUGCGCUGCCGAGUGCGGAUGGCCAGCUGCCUGUCCUGGUCUCGUGGUCGGAGGACAAGACGAUCCGGGUGUGGCAUCCUGCGGACGACGGGACGGGCGCCAUGUGGUACACCGCGGACAGCGCCUCCUGUGAGGUGCUGGAGGGUCACACCGGUGAUGUGAAUGGUGUGAUUGCGCUGCCGAGUGCAGAUAGCCAGCUGCCUGUCCUGGUCUCGUGGUCGUGGGGCAACACGAUCCGGGUGUGGCAUCCUGCGGACGAUGGGACGGGCCCCAUGCGGUACACCGCGGACAGUGCCUUCUGUGAGGUGCUGGAGGGCCAUGCCAAUAUUGUGGAGGGUGUGAUUGCGCUGCCGAGUGCGGAUGGCCAGCUGCCUGUCCUGGUCUCGCGGUCUGGCGACCGGACGAUCCGGGUGUGGCAUCCUGCGGACGACGGGACGGGCCCCAUGCGGUACACCGCGCACAGUGCCUCCUGUGAGGUGCUGGAGGGCCACACCAAGUAUGUAGAGGGCGUGGUUACACUGCCGAGUGCGGAUGGCCAGCUUCCUGUCCUGGUCUCGUGGUCAAGGGACAGGACGAUCCGGGUGUGGCAUCCUGCGGACGACGGGACGGGCGCCAUGCGGUACACCACAGACACUGCCUUCUGUGAGGUGCUGGAGGGCCACACCGACGAUGUUCGGGGUGUGAUUGCGCUGCCGAGUGCGGUUGGCCAGCUGCCUGCUCUGGUCUCGUGGUCGAGGGACAGGACGAUCCGGGUGUGGCAUGCUGCGGAUGAUGGGAUGGGGACCAUUCGGUACACCGCGGACAGUGCCUCCUUUGAGGUGCUGGAUGACCACACUAACAAUGUGCGAGGCGUGAUUGCGCUAUCGAGUGCGGAUGGUCGGCUGCCUGUCCUCAUCUCGUGGUCGUGGGACAGGACGAUCCGGGUGUGGCAUCCUGCGGACGACGGGACGGGUACCAUGCGGUACACCGCGGGCAAUGCCUCCUGUGAGGUGUUGGAGGGCCACACCGGUUAUGUAGGCAGCUUGAUUGCGCUGCCAGGUGCGGAUGGCCAACUGCCUGUCCUGGUCUCGCGGUCUGGCGACCGGACGAUCCGGGUGUGGCAUCCUGCGGACGACGGGACGGGCGCCAUGCGGUACACCGCGCACAGUGCCUCCUGUGAGGUGCUGGAGAGCCACACCGAUGGUCUUCGAGGCCUGAUUGCGCUGCCGAGUGCGGAUGGCCAGCUGCCUGUCCUGGUCUCGUGGUCGAGAGACAGAACGAUCCGGGUGUGGCAUCCUGCGGACGACAGGAUGGGCGCCAUGCGGUACACCGCGCACAGUGCCUCCUGUGAGGUGCUGGAGGGCCACACCGACGGUCUUCGAGGCCUGAUUGCGCUGCCGAGUGCGGAUGGCCAGCUGCCUGUCCUGGUCUCGUGGUCGAGAGACAGAACGAUCCGGGUGUGGCAUCCUGCGGACGACGGGAUGGGUGCCAUGCGGUACACUGCGGACAGUGCCUUCUUUGAGGUGCUGAAGGGUCACACCCGCAAUGUGCAGAGUGUGAUUGCGCUCCCGAUGCCGGCAUCAAAGGCCUGA